GGUUCUCACAAAGGAGCAACUGCUACCUGCUUGUCCUCCUUCACCAUGAAUUGGCAGCAUCUGCUGCUAGGAGUUCUUCUAACUGCAGCUGGUGCUAUAGAAACGAUAGCACCUGCUCAGAAGACCAUUUCAAAAGCUGGACCACCAAACAGCCCAAAAACUACAUCUCCAGCAGUGCUGGCAACUACAGGAAAUGCCAAGAUGACUGCAGCUGAGACGACCGACGUACACAUCACAAAUUCAACGGCCUACAGCAACAUGACAUCUGCUCAUGCGAGGAGUAAAACCACGGCUGGCAUGCUCAGCACCCCAGCUGGGCCCACCCUCACGCCUAACCCAUCCCUGGCUGCAACUGGGAAUUAUAGUGUUUCUAAUGGAAGUGCAGACUGCAUUGAAGCCUUAAUUGCACUGACAAUGGUAGUUACAAAAAACAGCAAAACAAAUAAGAUUGGAUAUCUGAAUAUUGAUCCAAAUGUGACCCACACAAGCGGAAGCUGCGGAGACUGGCUAUCGACUCUCAACAUCUCAUUUCACAGGGGCUUCAUACACUUCACUUUCACCAAGCAUGGAAAGAUGUAUUAUGUCAGUGUGAUUGAAGCCAGUUUAAUGGUGCCCUCUGAGGGUGUAUUGGUCCAUGGAAUUCAAAGCGACCAGUUUUUUGUGACUCCAAUUGGGAGUUCCUUUAAGUGCCUCAGCAAACAAACGGUGAACAUAGCCAAUGAUUUCCAGCUGCUGCUUGUGAACUCUCAUCUUCAAGCCUUUGAUAUCACUGGUGACCAGCUUGGGAAAGAAGAAGAAUGUGAUCUUGACAGAAGAAAGAGAUUGAUCCCAGUCACAGUGGGUCUCAGUCUUGCAGGAUUAUUUCUCAUUACGCUUCUCAGCUGUGUGCUCUACUCAAGAAAAUCAUACAGAAGUUAUGAACGAAUUUGAAUCAUUAGCUGCCUGAAGAAUGCAUGCAGCAAGGGAAGGACCAAGGAUAGGAAUCUCCUUGGGGAUGAGGGGAGAGAACCAUCUUGGGGAGAACCAAAGAAUCUACUUUUGCCUGCUUAUUCUGCAGUAGCAGCUCUGGUCACAGAUUAAGUUGUGUAUUUAAAGUUAUUUCCACUUAUGCAUACUUGAAAACUGGCA